CUCCGAAGGUAGUCAGUAGAGCUGCAAGCGGCCGGAAGCCCCGGGAAGAUGAAGCCAGCUGCCCGUGCUGCAGAGCAGCAGCAGGGUCUGAACAAGGGCAGAAAGAGAAGGGAGCAUUUGCACAUAGGAUAAAAGCGUUCUGCAGACCCUGGGAGAGCAGCAGCUGCUGCAGCAGCAUCAUUCUUUGCUGUCAUCCAGCGGAGAGAGGAGAUGGAUGGGAGACCCUCCAGGAAACAGAAGGGAGGUCCAUUAAAUCAAACCUAUUGCCUGGCAUGAGAGGAAGACAAGAAGGGGGCCAGAUCUGUAGUUACAGAUAGAAGGGAAACGCCUACAGAUCCAGAUCCUCAUACAGACAUCUCUCCCCGAAGAGUCCCUUCCUUUCUGGGCUGGAUAUAGAAGCUGUGCUGGGCAGUUGCAGUUUCCUUCCCCCCCUCCUCCUUUCACCUCCUAUCCUAUAUGUAUCAGCGCAGAACUUUGCAGGAUCUGUAUAAUUUCGGGACUGGAUGAAGCAGCGUUUGGGGCUACAGCGUUAGGGGCUGCUGCGAGUGCACGAUCGGUAACGUUCUACGGAUAGAACGUUGGGGUUGGCGCCCGCGCGACCACCAUGGCCGCAGCCGGCAGCAUAGCCUCAGCCCUGGCCAGUAAGACCAAGACUAAGAAGAAGCACUUUGUGGCUCAGAAAGUCAAGCUGUUCCGGGCCAGCGACCCCCUGCUCAGCGUCCUGAUGUGGGGAGUCAAUCACUCGAUUAAUGAGCUCAGCCAUGUCCAGAUACCCAUCAUGUUAAUGCCGGAUGACUUCAAAGCCUACUCUAAGAUCAAAGUGGACAACCACCUCUUCAACAAAGAAAACAUGCCCAGCCACUUUAAAUUUAAAGAAUAUUGUCCCAUGGUCUUCCGAAAUCUGAGGGAGAGGUUCGGAAUUGAUGAUCAAGACUUCCAGAAUUCCCUGACAAGAUAUUCACCACUGGCUAAUGACUCGCAGGCCCGGAGUGGGGCAAGGUUCCACACUUCCUGUGACAAGAGGUACAUCAUCAAAACCAUUACAAGUGAAGACGUGGCUGAAAUGCACAACAUACUAAAGAAGUACCAUCAGUAUAUAGUGGAAUGUCACGGGAACACACUUCUUCCGCAGUUUUUAGGCAUGUACCGACUAAACGUGGAUGGAUUAGAGACCUACAUGAUUGUCACAAGGAACGUAUUUAGUCACCGUCUUUCCGUGUAUAGAAAAUAUGAUUUAAAGGGCUCCACUGUGGCAAGAGAAGCCAGUGACAAGGAAAAGGCCAAAGAGCUGCCAACUUACAAAGAUAAUGAUUUCAUAAAUGAUGGUCAGAAAAUAUACAUCGAUGAGAACAACAAAAAGAUGUUUCGCGAGAAAUUAAGGAAAGAUGUAGAGUUUUUGGCUCAGCUGAAACUUAUGGACUACAGCCUACUGGUGGGAAUCCAUGAUGUGGAGAGAGCCGAGCAGGAGGAUGUGGAGAGUGAGGACAAUGAAGGUGAAGAUGAAGGGGAAAGUGAUGGAAUGCACCCUAUCGGCACGCCACCGGACAGCCCUGGAAAUACACUGAACAGCACAAGGCCACUUGCUCCUGGAGAGUUUGACCCCACUAUUGAUGUAUACGGAAUUAAAAGCCACGACGUUGCCCCUAGGAAGGAGGUGUACUUCAUGGCCAUUAUUGACAUUUUAACUCAUUAUGACGCAAAAAAGAAAGCAGCGCAUGCAGCAAAAACUGUUAAACACGGUGCAGGUGCAGAGAUCUCCACUGUUAAUCCAGAACAGUAUUCUAAGCGAUUCUUGGACUUUAUUAACAACAUCCUGACGUAACCUCUUCUGACAACCAAGAGACAAGUUCCGGUCAGACAAGACAGACAUUGAUGCAGUAUGGGUGGAAAGCCAGACAGACAAGACUGUGCUGUAACUUAAACUCAUCAUGCAGAGAAGGACCUACAGCAACCUGCAUCUUCUGGCAAAGAUGACUUGCGUGGGAGAUAACUCACUUCCGUCGCUUCCUGGCAUAGUUUGAAUUAUUUUUUACUUUUUUCAUGUUUAAUUCAAGAAGGAAAAAAAAAACCUUAAUCCGCUUUUCAAAGUUGCACAGAAACUAUAAUGCACAGAUGCACGACGCGUUUAAUCCUCGGAUGAAGUUUUUGAGAUCCAGCAGAGCAAAAUGCAUGUGAAGUUUAUUAAAAUUGUAUCAAGCAGUAAACUGUAGAUCAGUUUAUUUUCUUUUUAUUAUUUUUUAUUUUUAUUAGAUCGUUAAGUCAGUAUUCAUUACAAUAAUAACAGCGGAAAGGAUAAUGUUUUAGACCUGCAAAUUCCAAACAUCACAUGCAUGGAAACUGCCGGCGGCGCAGGACGAAUGGGUGGACAAUUUUUCCUGAAUAUACAGACAAGCGUUGCAACCUGUGUUGCUUAAUUUCAACUUAUUAGGAGCGUUAAUGCCAUAACGACAGUGUACGUACGUCCUUACACUUAUGCCACAAUAACCUGCACUUUACAAUGCACUGCAACGUCUUUAUUGGGAGUUUCACUCUACCGCCCACUAUAUGUUACAGAGACAAUUUGCUUGUAUAGUUUUAGGCAUUCUCAAUAAGAAAUUGAUACUAUACUAUAGCUUUGAAACAAACACGAGAAUCUUUGACAAAGAACAACUGUUUACAUAGUAGCGAGAGGGCAUUUCUGUUCCUGUUCCCAGUCUGUGAUAUUCAUGUCUGUAUCAAAUAUCUUCAGUAGACGUUGAGUUUAUAUGUUGCUAGGAAAAAAAAGAACAACAUUGAACAUUAAUAUGUAUUCGGUGUCUUGGCGAUUCUAACUUUUUGCUACCUUGUUUAUUUUGGGAAGGGGGGGUUGUCUUAAGAGGCUGAUAUGGUGAAAUGUUCAUGUUUGGAACAUGACGGAACAUUAUCAGUCACUGAAUCACUGUACACACAUUUGAAAAUAUACAUUUUUAAAGAGGACCUGUCACCAGCAGAACAAGCAUUCAUUAAGUAGAGAAGUACGUAAACUUGUCCAUUAAAACCUCACCCCCGCCACCUAAUCGACUCAGAGAGAAUCUAGUAAGAAGUGUAACAUGUUUAUUAUUACUUAACUGGUCUCUAUCUUUCCCAGUUAUUAACUUUAUUUACAGAUGUGGCAUCUUACAACUAGCCUUAAUAUGCCAUACAGCUUGAGACACCUGGCGCUCGUAAACCACCAGAUCCUGUGCAACUCAACUUGCACUGAUCGCCUUUUUUGUGUCUCUUUCAGCGGAAAAAGUCAUCUUAGUUACAAAUAGGUGUAAGAUGCAGCUUCGUGAGACUGUACUGAUUAAUUUGAUAUGCAACACCCCCCAGUUCCGGUUGCACGGAACCUUGUCCACCAAGAAGGGCUGUGAAGGGUGUGACAGCAGCAACACAUCUGCAGUGUCAGAAUGUAGCAAGAAGGGCCCACUGGGGAAAUGCAGAGAUAGGGGGCCAUACUUAGGGGUGUGGCCAGUUUUCAGAAGGGGUGUGGCCAGCCUCCACAGAUGAUUGAAAUACACCAUAGUCCUGUGCCCAGCAGAGAUUUUCUGACUGGACUCUAAAUUUACCAGGACCUAUUUAAGGCAAACAGUGGAGAAGGUUUUCUUUUCACCAGAUAACAAUUCAUGACUGUGGUAUCAUCUUUUGUUUUAUUGCCUUACAAUUUACCAGUGCCCUGUGCAUUUUAUUUUGCCCUUACUCUGUGCUCAUGCGUUGCAACUCUGCCUCUGAGCCAAGGCCUGUUGUGUCAGUCAUGUGUUCUUUUUCACACCAGUCUGUGUGGGAUGGUCACAUUAAUAGUAAGUGCCCACACCUGCAGAGGCAGCCAUUUUGCACGCUGAAGUACUCUGACAUUCUGUACAGUAGGGACAGCAGAGAAUAAGUCACAUACAAGUAGUCUUAAAUAAAUGAGAUGACAUUUAUCCAUCAUUAUGUAGGAAGAAAAUAUGGUGUUCCCUUAUUAACCAUUUCAACAUUUGCCUAACUUGCUGUGGAAUAAUUAAUCAUAGAAUAAUCAUCAAUGCCCGCCAUGGGCACGUAAUAAGCAUAAAAGUCUGCUUUUUUUGUAAUGUGACAUUUGAGUGAAAUUUCCUUUCUGUCCAACAAAUUAUGCAUGCAUACAGUUAUUACAGUGUUGUUACCUAUGUCUCUCAAUUUUGUUGUUGUAGACACUGUUACAAUAUAUGUUUGUCAUUGUUCACACAAUAAUUUGUAAAACACCUACCAAAAAAAAACAAUACUACUUCCUUUGGGUGGGUCUUUGUAUAUGUGUGUGUAUAUAUAUAUAUAUAUGUGUAUAUAUAUAUAUAUAUAUAUAUAUAUAUACAUUGUUUGCUGCAUGUCUGUUUGCUUUUAGGAUUCAUAUUUUCUGAUUACUGGCUACAGAACUGUAGUUGCUAAAAUUUGCUAUUCAGUUUGUGGGGCAGCCAUUUUGUGGUCUGAACCCAUGUCCUGCCUCAUGUCUCUGUGAUGUCACUGGUUCCUAGGGAUGUCAUUCUCAUGGAAAUUGGCUCAGCCCACAAAAUGGCUGCCUCCACUUUGUGAAGGCUGCUGGGAAUCCUUGCAUUUUCUUUCCGAAGCUGAUCAAGGGUGGCACAGUAAGGCAUGGGCAGAUCUUUCAGAAUCAACAAUGGCACAAACAUCAGUUCUCCAAGCAGCAGGUUUAAAAACCACUAUUUCAUAGGAGGGCCAGACAUAGUAAGGGUGUGUACACACGGUGAGAUUCGGGCUAUGCCCGAUUCUCACUAUGCGACAGGGGCCGGGUCGGCAAAUAGUCAGUAUCGCAAGCACAUAAUGAGUGCGCUUGCGAUACUGGCUAUGUCCGGUUUUGGCUAAGUGUCAAUUUUGACUAUCUCUUCUAUAGAGAGAGCCAAAAUUGACUUGCCUCACAGUCUAUCUUUUCUUUCGAUGCCGAUGCGCGGUCCCGCGCGAUCGUCAUCGAAAGAAAAGAUAGACUGUGCAGGCAAGUCAAUUUUGGCUAUCUUUUCUUUCGUUGCCGACCGCGCAUCGGCAUCGAAUCGGGAUCGCAAGGUGACUGUCACGUUGCGAUCUGCACUAACUUUUUUUCCGAUUCUGACUAUAUAGUCAGAAUCGGAAGAAAAAAUCUCACCGUGUGUACACACCCUUGGUGUCCCCUUGUUAUGCAAAGAGUCCUAUAUUUAUUGUCAUUUGCUUGGAGUCUUACAUUCACUGACAGGUAUUUAUUGGACUCCAACAAAAUGUCUCCUGCCAGGGAAGAAUAGUAAGUUGUGUCCUCUAGUAUUUUGAAGUUUGUUUUAAAGACCUAUGCAGCCAUAUUUGAAGCUCUCAUGAUGAAACUGCAGACUAUGUAUAGAAAGCUAGUUGUGGUAUAUACUCUGUGUUGCCAUUUGUGUUUUAUGCUUUCAUUAUUUUCUAGUUGGACAUGCAUACAAAUAUUCCUGUAAUGCAAUUAUUUUUCUAUUUUUGUAAGAACCACUAAACAUUACAUGCAAGUUAUUGUAUUUUAAGAUACUCCUGGUAAUAUCAUCAAUAGCUUAAGCUAAAGAAUUUGAGAAGUUAUUUUAGAUGGCGUCAGAGUGGGGGAAGCACUUUUUGUAUGCGCACCAAUAUUCCUGUAAGUCAUCUAAUAUAUUUAUUAAAGGAAACGCUGUUUCUUGUUUAGUCCUGAAA